UGCGUAAUCGGUGUUGUUGUGCUCAGAAUGAGCCCAGCUAGCAAGCUAGCAUAAAAGACAGAGAACUGAAGUUCACAACUGUACUGGUCGGUCCUUGUCGUCUAUUGAAAUUAGUUUGAAUUUGUUUUAUGUGGGAUUAGUUUUCCUUUCUGUGUUAACACAAGAUUCAAUGUCGAUUAAAAGGGAUAGUUCAACUGAGGAGAGUUUACAGGGUUCCUGGAUAGAGCUUCACUAUGGCACGAGCUCUCAGGGUCCACAGGGGACUGGGAGCGGGGAGCAGAUCUCCAGUAUGCAGGUAGACCUGGAGAAAUUGCUGCUGGAUGCACAGCACGAGUCAGGCAGAAGCAGCUCCAAAGGAAGCUCCCAGUGUAACAGUCCCCCGAGAUCACAGACUCCUCUUCAUCUGUGUAGAGGCUCUGAGGGAAACAGUUCCCAGUCUGAAGAAGACUACCAAGAGAGAAGACAGGAAGUAGAGAGCCUGAUGAAGAAGAAUGCUGAUUGGAUCUGGGACUGGUCAAGUCGACCUGAAAACAACCCACCAAAGCAGUUCCAACUGAAACACCGUAGACGCUCAGGAAACCUCAGCAUCAGGAACACUAGUGUCAUGAAGAAGGGUGGCGUUCUGUCACCUGACUUCCUGAAGCUUAUCCUGCCCUCCUUGAUCAUCUCUCACAUAAUGGCAGUUGGCCUGGGAAUCUACAUUGGGAGGCGUCUCGCCACACACAGCGCAUACUGAGGAUGAAGUGUUGUGAUGUAAUCUUUCACGUGGGUGUGACUCAUACAGCUGAGCAUGCCUGAGAACAGGUCCAGGAUCAGGGCAAUAUGGUCACGUGACAUUCUAUUUUAGCUUUGAUGGCUUCAUGUCAUCAUCGGCAAGCAAGGCAUUGGCUAUUUGCUGCUUUCCUCUCCCCCCCUCCAAAAAAAGCCUUUCAAAAAAUAAUGUGCUGCCAUUUCACAGCCUGUCACUUUCACUGGUUAUCACUUCACUUGAUUAUUUUUAUAUGAUUAUUUUUAAGUAGUUGGUUUAUUUUGAUGGUAGUUUAGUUGAAUUUCAUUUUUAAAUAUAUUCCUGCACUAAUUUUCAGACAGUAUCAUGUAGAUUAAUGUUUGUAUUUUUUUGCUUACAUUUUGUUAACAGUGAAAAUAUUAAAAGGGAAUGCAAUGUGACGGUUCAAACAAUUGAAAGUAAUUGGACAAUCAUUGUUGGAUUUUCUUUUUGUUAACAAUUUUGUUAAAAUACAAUUAAAAAUAAAA